GGGAUCGGUUCCGUGCGCAUGGCAUUACUGACGUGAGCGUUCGCCAGCAAAGGAUCUUGUGGGAGUAGAUGCGAUCCAACAAAAAUCUGACCCCUCGUGCGCAACAGCAACGCCUUUCCUCUUCAUUCUAUUUGUAGAUCGAAGUAACAAGUGGCAGUUAUCGACAUCGAUCCGAGCGUGAAUCCGAAGCUCCCACCGUCCACCCCCAACAACCGAAUCCAUGUCUAAUCCAACAAGGCACGCGUUGUUGCUCUCAAAUCUCAGUGCCAUCCCGUAGCAUCUCAGGGUAGCCCGAGGAGGAGGACGAGAGAUGGGCGUCCCCUGUGACGACGCGGUGGUCAUCCAGGCGCCGGAGGCUGCCGGCGGCCCGAGCGUGAUCAGCGUCAGCUGCCCCGACAAGACCGGCCUUGGCUGCGACUUCUGUCGCGUCAUCCUCUUCUUCGGGCUAAGCAUCCUGCGCGGAGAUGUGAGCACGGAUGGGAAGUGGUGCUACGUCGUGUUUUGGGUGGAAGAGAGGGGCGGACGACCGACGCCGUGGGGGCUGCUGAAGAAGCGGCUGCUGGCGGCGUGCCCUGCCGUGUCGGUGGCCUCCGGGCUGCACAAUUUCUACUUCGGCCCGCAGGAGUUGAUGCUGGCUGAGCGGCCACCGCAAGUCUUCCUCCUCAAGUUCUCUUGCUAUGAUCGGAUGGGUCUCUUGCAUGAUGUGACACAGGUUCUCUGUGAUCUGGAACUCAUAAUAAGGAGGGUGAAAGUUUCGACCACUCCAGAUGGAAGGGUUAUGGACCUCUUUUUUAUCAGUGACACAAGGGAACUCCUGCAUACAAAAGGAAGAAAGGAAGAGACAUGCGAACAAUUGCAAGCUGUUUUAGGGGAUUCCAUGACAAAUUGUGAGAUCGAACCAGCCAAUGCCCAGAUUGUUGAGUGCCUACAAGCUUCGCCAUUUCUACCUCCUGCAAUCACAGAAGAAUUGUUCAAUUUGGAGCUUCCUGAAGAAUCGCCAGUUGGAUCUCCUUCCUCACCCAGUAACAUCUCUGUGAAAAUGGACAACUCCCUCAGCCCCAGUCACACACUUAUUCAGAUCCUCGGUUGUGACCACAAAGGCCUCCUCUAUGACAUAAUGAGGACUCUAAAGGAUUAUAACAUCCAGGUAUCCUACGGCCGAGUCUAUGCAAGCCGCAAUGGAAGCUGUGAGAUCGACUUGUUCGUGAUGCAAAUGGAUGGGAAGAAGAUUCUUGAUCCAAACAAGCAGAGAGCCGUGUGUUCACGCUUGAGAAUGGAACUAUUCCAUCCCCUCCGAGUUGCUGUAAUGAAACGUGGCCCUGAUAUGGAGCUUCUCGUCGCCAAUCCCGUUGAGCUAUCUGGCAAAGGCCGCCCUCUUGUGUUCUACGACAUCACUCUCGCUCUCAAAAUUCUUCAAAUACGCAUCUUUUUGGCUGAGAUCGGGAGGCAUGUCAUCGGCGAUAGGGAGUGGGAAGUCUAUAGAUUUCUCCUUUCUGAUGGUUUCGAGUCAUGUGCAUCGCAGGACAAGAUUGUAGAGGGGGUCACCAAGAUGUUGAUGGGCUGGGAGUAAUUGGCUCACCCAACUCAGUUGCUCAGGUUCUUGCAUGUUUGAAAUCAUGGCACGAUCAAGAAUCUCUAUACUAAGCUUCUUUUGUACAGUGCUUAGUGUAUGUUUGUCCGCUGACUAGAAGAUGUGAAAUCAAAAUAGUAAGCUAAAUUGUGUCUCUCAAAAUUUUUUCCCUUUUCACUUGUGUAUAAGAUUUUACACAAAUUAUAUAUCUACUUUGUUCCUUUGACUGA